AUGAAGAAAAUUAAAAUCAAUAAAAGUGGUUGUACUCAAUUACCCACUUUACAUCAAUUACUAACAUACAUACUUUAUUUUCCUAACCUCUUAAAUUGUUUUUUACUUAUUUCUGUACUUGAUUAAAUUGUACAAUUCAUUUAUCAAAUUUAGGCAAUACAUUACUCUAUUUUAAGUAUCUUAACUAUGAUAUCUUUAUUUUCAAGUUUCAAAACUACUUUAAGUUGUCCAAUUGAUUAAGUUAUAAUUAAACAAAUUUAAACUCGUCUUUAAGGGUAAGAUUAAUUUAUAUUUUCUAAGAUAAUCAUUCGAUUUUGGAAAUCAUAAAUUAGAUUCAUUUUGUGAAAUAUGCUAACUUUAUGUAUAAGAAUAAACUAAACAUUGUAAAAAUUGUGAUAUGUAAAUAAUAUUUAUAAUGACUGUUAGAUGCUGUUAAGGUUUCGAUCAUCACUGUAAAUGGAUUAAUAAUUGUAUAGGAAAUCUAAAUUAUAAACUUUUUAUCUUAAUGAUUAGCUCGACAUUGCUUUUAUUUAUAUACACUAUGUUUAUCUAUAUAUACAUUAUCGUAUUGUAUCAAACAAAUUAUGAUACACUUGUUAUAAACAAUGAGUUAUAAUCCUUUGUAAGAAAUAUUUUUAUUAUUUCAAAGCAUUUUACAAAUGACAAUGAUCUUAAUGUUAAAUAUCUAUUAUCCAUUAUAAUGUUAACAGAUUCAUCUUUUAUUGUAAUUUUACUUUUACAAUUACUGAUUUUCCAUAUAUAUCUUAUUAUAAUUGGUUAAACAACUUAUGAUUUUAUAAUUUAACACUAAUUCAAAAAAGUUUUGCCUCAAUUUCAAAUUGGACCUUAGUAUUUUUAUUCAGCAUCAAAAUCCAUCUUAAAAGUAAAUAAUGAUUUAUCAGGAUUAGAAAAUAAAAAUACUAUGUAUAUUUUUAUAAUCAUCAUAAUUAGAAUUGAUUUGAAUUAGAGUUAACAAAAAAUAAUUCCACUGUCAAAUCAAAAUGAGAUUAUAAUUGAAAAUUAAAUUUUGACAUGA